AAUAGCAACUGUUUUUGUGCUAUGUGAAGCACGUUCUGCCUCUCUUUAUAAAGCAAUGUGGGAAAAAAUUAUUUCACUUGCACCUGGUCUGAAUAAAAAUCUGAAAUUUAUUAUGUCGGAUUAUGAGAAAGCAGCGAUAUCAGCAAUGAAUCAGAAAUUUCCAGCAGUUGCUAUCCAUGGUUGCUGGUUUCAUUAUUCACAGGCUCUUGUUAGAAAAUGGCAAAAAUUAGGUUUGGCUGACGCACCUAGUGAAUUAUUAUCUAUGGCAAAAACAAUGGCUUUAGCGCCUAGUGAUUUGUUUGAAGAAUCAUUAAAUAUAAUGGAAAUAUUUUCUAGCAAUUUGACAAAUAAAUAUCCAGCAAUUGCUGAUUUCAUACAGUAUGUUAAAAAUACAUGGUUACCAAUUGCAUCGAAAGUAUCAGUAUAUGGAUGUCCCAACCGUACAAACAAUUUGGUUGAAAGUUUUUACGCAAGUAUUACCAGAAAGCUAGGAUUUACUUCUUCAAAUCUGUGGAAGUUUUUAGAUGAAGUCAGCAACUUUAUAGUUAAUGAGACACUAAAUUAUGAACGUCUUCAGCUUGGUCACUUCUUGAAACGAUUGCAAACAAAACGUCAUUUUUAUUUAAAUAAGAAAAUAGAUCGGAAGACUACUACAAAGUUACAAAUUACUGAAUUUAACAAGGACAUUAUUCGCCUUUGUCUCUGUCUAAAUCUGGGAGGACCGUACGCACAAUCUACCUCACGAUGCGCUUAG